GGUCCAGCCCUGCAAAGCGACCGUGCCAAAGGCUGUACCCCAAUCGAGUCACCGACAAUUGAACCGAGGCACAACCCUACCACCAUUGCCCCAUUAUGCUCGUCUCCAAUUAUCCAUUAGGCAAGGCAAGGAAAGGCCCUUUCUACCGCCGAUCAAACCCCAAGGAAAGCUGGGCGGGCGCCAUGAUUCCCCCCCUGCCGACGGCGACGCUUUCCCCGAGCGCGCAGCGCGCACGACGCCCCCACCCCACGAAUAACCUCUGGAUCGCUGCCCCUGCCCGCCCGCACGCAACUUUUGGCAGCGCCUAAUCAUGCGCUCGCCAGGCCCCGUGUCCCCCCCGCUCGACGUCUCCUCUUCUUCUCCAUACAAAAACACCUCGCGCGCACGGUCGCACACCGCAGAGCCGUACCGUGUUCUUCUCGAUCUACUCCCAUUUCCCCAUUUCCAUCCCCGGCGUCGUCGUCUUCUCUCCCUCUCGGUCUCCACUCCGAUCGUCCACCGGGGUCUAGUACAUCCGAGGUCCGGCCGGAGAGCUGCUCCGUCCUCGUCCGCAGGUGCAAGUAAUUGAUGACACCGCCAAGGUCGUAGCUUGGUGAGCGCAAGAUGGACUCCGGCAACAGCGGCAGCCUGCAUUCGAGCAGCGGCGGAGACGACGAGUUCGACGCGGCGUGCGGCGGGGGAGCCGACUCCUCCUCCUCCUCGCCGCUCUCCGCGCUGCUCCGCCAGCAGGGCUUCGGCGGCGGCGGCGCCUCGUCGUUGAUCUACGGCCUCCAGGAGCUCGGCGCGCCGCCGCUGUCCCACUGGUGCUCGACGACGACGGCGCCCCUUCCACCCGCCGGCGCUGGCGCCUCGGCCGCGCCGCCAGCGUCGAUGCCCUUCCAUAGCGGUCUGGCGGCAGCCUCCGCGCCCGCGGCCGACCACGCGGCCUCGGCGGCGCCGGAGGCCCAGCAAUCCGCGCCCGCCGCGCCGGCGCGGGGGUCAAGGAAGCGGGCCCGCGCGUCGCGCCGCGCGCCGACGACGGUGCUCACCACCGACACCUCCAACUUCCGCGCCAUGGUGCAGGAGUUCACCGGCAUCCCCGCCCCGCCCUUCGCCGGCGGCGCGGCGUCGGGCGCGCGCUCCCGCUUCGACCACCUCUUCCCCUCCCGCUCCUCCUCCUCCGCCGCCGCCGCGGCGCUUCCGCAGUACCUCCUCCGCCCAUUCGCGCACAGCAAGCAGCUCCACGCGUACCCGCCGCCCUUCACCUCGCCCUCCACGUCCCCGCCGGCGCCGGCCAACGCCGCCAUUGGGGCUUCCACAAACUCAUCGGCCGUGGCGCCCGGGGACGGCUACCAGCAGCAGCUCACGACAGCCGCGCCGUCCGCUCUUCUCGGGAUGCAAGAUCACGGCAGCAGCGGCAACAGCAGCUACCUCUCCUUCCAGAGCACCCUCGGCGGCGCGCAGCUCGACGGCAGCGACGCGAACAAGCACCCCUUGUUCGACCACCGCGGCGUGUCGCCGCCGUCGCCCGCCACGAGGCUGCAGGACCCGAUGGACUUCCUGGGCCUCGCGCACUUGCACCCGCGGAACGGUGACCGCGGCGACGAGCUGUCCGGCCUGGUCGGCGGCUGCAAGGCGACCUACUCCUCGGCGCCGCCUCUUCUGGAGCGCAAUGGACCGCGUCCCCCGCCGGCCGGCGCAUCCACGGCGACAACGACGGCGACGCCGGUGGUGGCGGCUACGGCGGCCAUGCGGACGCAAGGCGUGGACUCAUGGGUCUGCAGUACGUUGGAGUAGGCUACCGAUUUAAUUACUUUCUCCUUUUCAAGAAUCCAAUUGAGAGAGUAGUACAUGACGGAGAGAGCAGAUUUUGAUUUGUCCUGUUUCUGUUGUUUGAAUUUGAAUUGCAUGCCUGUGCCAGUUCAGAUUAGACAGACGAAGAAAAAAGAUCACAUUUUUGCUCUAAUACAAUCUGGUCGUUGAUCAUUA